UUUUACCGAGCCGUGGUCAGCUGACUAGCCUGGUGGCGACGUCCCUUCGUCCUCUGACGGCCAAUUUCUAGAUUAUAACAGUUUAAAAACGGCAUCUGUCUAAGUUGAGGAGCCAAACAGCGACAUGCCGUCGCUACUCUUCUGUGGGCCGAAGAUGGCUGCGUGCGGGAUCGUUAUCAGCAUCUGGGGCGUCAUUAUGUUGGCAAUGUUGGGAAUCUUCUUCACCGCCAAGUCUGCAGUGCUGAUCGAAGACGUUCCAUUCACAGAAGACGACAUCCGCAAAGAUCAGAAUCCGCCUCAGAACAUCUACAGUUUGUACAACCAAGUCGGCAUCAACUGCUUCAUCGCUGCCGGCGUGUAUGUGGCGGUGGGAGCCGUCUCUCUCUGCCAGGUCCGGCUGAACAAGCGACAGGAGUACAUGGUGACAUAAAUGGCCUCAUCCCUUCACACACACUCUGGCUAGACUUCCUGACCAGAAGGAAGAAGAUAGGCUGAACCAGAAUAUUUAUUUCCAAAUUUAAAUGUUGUUGUUGUAUAUCUGAACUUUGGCUGGCUCAGUGGUCCAAGUCCUUGCACCUGCCUAGAUGUUUGUGUGAUACUUCUCGGUGGGAAGUCAAUCCUCCGAAAUCAAGUGGUAUUUGUCAAUGAAGAGCUAAAUGUUUGUGGUCAAUAAAGUGUGAAAGUGUGAGAUGGCCCUUUUAUUCCAACUCAACUGUGAAACACUUAUUUCAAACAUGCAAAUGAAAGUGGUGCAC